UAAACAGAGCUGAAGAGAUGCAAUCGUGUGAUUUCUGCGGAUACGGCCCUGGCGAGAAUACCCACGGUGUCUCAUUCAAAUUCCCUUUAAAAGAGGAACAUCGUCGUCACUGGAUAGUGAAUAUGGGGAAGGACGCGGAAUGGACUCCAUUUGGAUCCUCGUCUCUGUGCUCCGCUCAUUUCACUCCAGAUUGCUUUGAAUCCGGAUCAGCGCGUUUACACUCAGACGCGAUUCCGACUCUAUUUAAUUUCACACAGUCUAAGAAUCAGAUGCUAAAGGACACUGAAACUCUCCCACCACAGCAAGGAUCUACUGAAUCCUCUGAGUCUUCCAGAUCAUCCUGCUCUGACUGCCAUAAGCAUCUGCAGGCCACGGAAAGAAAUUACCAGCUGAAAUUAGCUGCUGCUCAGCUUCAGAUAAAAGAGUACAAGAAGAAUCUAGCAGAGGAGUCACGGAAAGCAGCACAAUGGCAGAAGCGAGCAAUAGUUUUGCAGAGCGCUAUCAGAGCAAUGAAACAAAGGGGGUCAAUACCUGCUUCAAGAAAAACAUCUACACCUAAAAACAAUCAUUUGGACUGAAAG